AUGAAUCAAGAAAUUCGUUUCCGGCUUAAACACGUAAUUAUCGGUGCGUUCAUCGUCGGGUUCCUAUUUUUCUACUUGCUAAGCUCAACUACGGACUGUGAAAGUGCAGAGUCAAGGUCAAACGGUGUCGAUGAAUCAUGGGCCCUGGGUCAAGGACGCGAUGCCUUUCUGCCUAACCGAAAGGGUCCCACGAUCUAUGCGGUGACACCGACCUACUCUCGACCGGUGCAGAAGGCCGAACUAACACGCCUAUCGCAUGUCAUUCGCUUGGUGCCAAACAUAUUCUGGGUUAUAGUGGAAGAUGCAACACAAACGUCGACACUGGUCACCAAUGUGUUAAGGCGAAGCGGUCUUCAAGAUCGAAGCGUGCAACUAUUUGCCAAAACGCCUACAAAUUUCAAGCUGCAAGGCAAAGACCCCAACUGGCUAAAGCCGCGUGGCGUGGAGCAGCGCAAUGAAGCGUUAAAGUGGAUACGGAAACAUUUGAAGCGCGAUGCAAUGGGAAAUGGGGACACCGAGUUAAGCCACUCGAUCGUAUACUUUAUGGAUGACGAUAAUACGUACAGCACGGAACUAUUUGAUGAAAUUUCCAAAAUUGAAAGCGGCAAGGUUGGCGUUUGGCCCGUUGGUUUGGUGGGUGGUUUGAUGGUGGAAAAGCCUGUCCUAAACAGAGACGGGCUGGUGCUGGGAUUUAACAGUGCCUGGAAACCGGAACGUCCAUUCCCGCUCGAUAUGGCAGGCUUCGCCAUUAGCUCCGACCUACUGUUGGACAACCCGCAAGCACAGUUUAGCUAUGAGGUCGAACGAGGCUAUCAGGAGAGUGAAAUAUUGCGCCACCUAACGAUCGCGCACGAUAUGCAGCCGCUUGCCAACCAGUGCAAGGAUGUGCUUGUGUGGCACACACGAACCGAAACUCCGAAGCUGGACGCGGAAAAGACGCUGCAAAAGAGUGGCAAAAAGUCGAACGACGGUAUGGAGGUGUGA